CUCCCCUUCUCUCUUCUUCCUUCUACAUUCCCCCCCUCCCUAUUCUCUUCCUCUCCACACUCUGUUCCCCCUUCCUGCUUCAGGUGGUAGAGCAAGCUUGUCCCCCAAAUUCUGAGGGGGCAGGGACGGUUUCUUGGGGGAAGGAGUUAGUCUAAGCCUUACACCCCUCAGCCUGCUGCCCUCUCGCCCCAAAUCUUUGCGUCCUUCUUUCUUUCCCCAAAGCCCUGCAGUAACGCCUCUUCCUACCCCCCUUCUAAAGUCCACUUUUCCUCUUUCCUCGGUACCCCAGCGUCCUUCUCUUCCUUUUAAAAACCACAAACCUCACCUCCUUUUUACUUUAAACAAACCUUUGCGCUUUCCCCUUCGUCCCGAAGAACAUCUCAGCUUUUUCCCCUUCCCUUCUGUGUCCUGCCAAACUCUUCCAUAGCUCAUACUUGCUCUCUUCUCUCUCAAAUUUCAUUCAUCUUCAUUUCCCUGCCCCAUCAUUAUUUUCCAACAUUGAUCAUGGGCAUUAUUUUUGGAAUUACUUUUCCCUUCUACAUGGAAAAUUAAGAACCAUUUCUUCUUUAGGUUUUCCCUGAGAACAUCAGAAUUUGGUCCAUUUUGUCUUUAUCUGUCAACUUGCCUGGGAACAUUAGAGUAUAUGGCUUGUGUCUAAAUCUCUAAGAAAAGGGCAUAAUUCCAGUUUGAGGUGAAACCAUGAAGAGAAAGUAAAACAAAUAAUAAUGCUUUUCCGAAAUCGUUUUUUGUUGCUGCUGGUCUUGGCUGCUUUACUAGCCUUUUUGAGCAUCAGUCUACAAUUCUUCCACCUAACGCCAGUAACACCAGUCAAAAAUGGGAUGAAUGGUAAAAAUCGCAAGAGAAUAAUGCCUGAUCCAUUGACUGAACCUCCUGUGGUGGAUCCUAUUCAUGAAGCUCGUAUUUACUGCAAUAUCCCAAGCAUUGCUGAACGUAGUGCAGAAGGUCAUGCACCUUAUUAUUUCAAACUAGUAUCAGUUCACGUAUUAAUUCGUCAUGGAGAUAGAUACCCACUUUAUGCCAUUCCUAAAACAAAGAGACCAGAAAUUGACUGUACUUUGGUUGCUAACAGGAAACCAAACCAUCCUAAACUUGAAGCUUUCAUCAAUCACAUGUCAAAAGCAUCUGAAGUCUUAAUGGAAGGCACUCUCAGUACCCUGCCUCUUUAUCCUAGUCAUUCACUGUGUGAAAUGGGAGAACUCACUCAGACAGGUGUUGUUCAGCAUUUGAAGAAUGGACAGCUGUUACGAGACAUUUAUUUAAAGAAACACAAACUCCUUCCAAAAGAUUGGACCACAAAGCAUCUUUACUUAGAGACAACUGGAAAAAGUCGAACUCUCCAGAGUGGACUGGCCUUGCUCUAUAGUCUUCUCCCAGAUUUUGAUUGGAAGAAAAUUAACUUUAGGCACCAGUGGAGUACUAUCUUCUGCUCUGGAAGUUGUGAUUGCCCAAUGAGAAAUCAGUAUCUUGAAAAGGAACAACGUCGCCAGUACCUCUUGCGUGUUAAAAACAGCCAGUUAGAGAACACUUAUGUGGAAAUGGCAAAAAUAGUGGGGAUUCCCACGAGGCAGCUAAGAGCUGCUAACCCCAUAGAUUCUAUGUUAUGCCACUUUUGCCACAAUGUCAGUUUCCCCUGUACCAAAAAUGGCUGUAUUGACUUAGAGCAUUUUAAAGUUAUCAAGACACAUCAGAUAGAGGACGAGAGAGAGAGACGUGAAAGGAAACUUUAUUUCAGGUAUGCACUACUGGCUUCUCAUCCUGUACUUAACCAGACAGUCAACCGGAUGCUGCGCAUUGCAGAAGGCAAGAAGGAAGAGAUUUUUGUUCUUUAUUCUGCUCAUGAUGUCACUUUGUCACCAGUUCUCAGUGCCUUGGGUAUUACUGAAGCCAGGUUUCCAAGAUUUGCAGCCAGAUUGGUCUUUGAAUUGUGGCAAGAUGGAGAAAGACCUACUGAUCAUUUUAUCCGUAUUCUUUAUAAUGGAGUUGAUGUCACAUUCCACACCUCUUUUUGCCAGGAACACCACAAGCAUUCUAGCAAGCCUAUGUGCCCUCUUGAAGAUUUUGUUCACUUUGUCAAAAGAGACAUGUUUUCAGUCUUAAAUAGUAGUAGUUAUUAUGAUGCAUGUCACAGAAAAACAUUUUAAAAGAAAAUCAUUCUGUAUUUUAUGAAAUAAUUUGUGCUGGUACAGAAGAUGACCAGUUUUGGUUCUUUCUGAUUCAAAAGGUAUGACAGUAUUACUUUGAAAAUACUUAGAAAUCCCAGUUUGGGACCAUAUAGGUAGAUUGACUUGAAUAGCAAAUAAUUUGCCAUGAUUUGGUACAAGAUCUAGUUCAUUAAUUUGGUACACUUCUACUUCAUUGAGAAACAGAUACUGUGCUGUAAGUUGAUGUUGCUUGGAGUAAGUGAUUUUCCUUCUUAUGCCAGAGUAGAUAAGUCUAGGUUGCAGAUUCAGAAUUUUGUUCUCUUGACUGCCAUGGUACUAUAAUAUGUAACCAACAAACCUCAUCCACAAUAUUUCUUAAUCUUGUGCAGAUACAGGUACUCCUUAAAUGGAAGUAUUCCUAAAUUUGGAUAUCCAACAGCUCUCUACUGUGAUUGUACUUGCAGAAGUAAUUUGAAUACCAAGAACUUUAUGUUGGUUCUUCCAGUUCUUUUACUAGCAACAUACAUCUUGGUAUAACUAUCUAAUUACAACACAAUAUGAGGAAAAUGAUUAUUAAAUCAGGAUGAACCUGAUAGUAAAAUUAUUAAGGUACUUUAUGUUCAGGAUGAUAAAAAAUACUGUGGUAUAAGAUCAUUAAGUGUGUUUUAAAUAUUUGUCUGCUGUAGCAAAAGCUGGAUAUGCUGAAACUUUGAUAUGCAAUUUAGUAUUUUUAUAGUCUAGAAAAAUAUUUUCUAAGACUUGUGUUAGAAAUGAUGUAGUACUAAUCCCAAUUUUCUGUAUUUUCUUGCUAGUCAGAGAUUUAUGAAAAGCCAAUUUCGGAUAUCUCCAAUGAACAUCUUACCAAAAAAUAGCAUUAAUGAGCAAUUAUCUUUGAGCAACUGUGGAACUGAAUACAUUUUUAAACCACUUUGGUCAGUUAGAAAUAGUAAAAUCUGAUUUGAUUUUUAAGGAGAUAUUUGGGGUAAAACUUCAUUACCAGAAUAUUAAAUUAAUCUUUAUACUGAUAGAUUUUUUUAUACUUUUAGAAAAGAUUCUGAUUUAAUCUCUAAUAUUUUAAUUAAUGGUGCUAGUUAAAUCAGAGGAAAUGUAAUCUAUGAGUGAGAUUCUCUAGUGUUAUUGGCAUUCCAGACUCUUCUUUUUAUUUUUUGCUCAGUGCCGCAUUUGAAUACACUUGUUUCUAUCAAUAAAAUUUUGAGAAAUAUUUGUAUAUUCCGUGGUUCACAUUAUGUAUCCUGAGUACAUUAGGUGUUUUUUAAGAUUUAUCUUGAAUGCUUCUGUUCUUGCUUAAAAGCUUAAGUGUUAACACUUGCUGGCAUUUUAAUGCUAAUUAGAUUCUUUACAAUCACUCAAGAUAUAUCUGAAUAAGAACUCCUGAAUAUGGCACCACUAUUUAAGAAUAAAGAUGUGAUCCAGAAGACUUUUAAAAAAUCAAAUUACAAUUAUAUAGGAUAGACAAGAUACUUUGAAUAAUAACCAGUGCCUAAGUAUGGCAAUGGAUGUUGCCUCCCAAGACUUUGUGUAUAAAUAAAAUUAAAAGACUAUGGCAUUAACACAUUAGUUCCAAAGUCCAGUGAUUGGUUUGAAGCCAUGGUAUAGUAGAGAGAACACUAGACAGAUGUUGGAGUAUCAGUUCUGCCUCUUAGCAGCAAGGUUACUUUAGGCAACUCACUUUGCCACAACUCUCCCCGUCCCACCUCGCCCCUCAACUGGAAAAGGAUAAUACUUAGAUGAUCCCCAAAGCUGGUCACUCUCAGCUUUAUGAUUUCAUGAAGUUUAAAUUUGUGGCCGAUUUUUUACAAAAAUGUUUUAUUAAUGAUACAUUCAUGUUGGAAGUUUAAGAGAACACCAGGUAUAUCUGUGGGAUAGUGUGGGAUUAUUGAGAUGUAUUUGAGGACUUUGUAUUUGACAGAACAAACAUAUUGUUAACCAAAAACACUAUCAUAAGUCCAUGACACAUUGUGUUACAAUUAGAUUUAUUACAAGAGAAAUGAAUACACAUGUGCAACCUAAGCAGGUGCAUCGAGUUCACACUUCAUAGGAAGUUUGUGUAUUUAUGACAGUACAACAAAGGAAGGAGG